AACAUCAAAAAGUCAAAAAGAAGCAUCAAAUCGCGCAGUUCAAACCCGUAAGCUCAUUUUAGCAUCAACCCCACGCUCUCUGCAAUCUCCAUUCGACUUCAAAACCCUAGCGACAAACACUAGGAAGCUUCGUUCACUUCGUAUCAUACCCUCAAAAAUUCAUUCACAAUAUUCGAAAUUUCGAAAUGUUCAUGUGAAAUUAGGGUUCAUCUCAGCGGAUCGAAAAUUUUCAGUUUUCCCCUUUCUCGCUCCAUUAAAGUUCGUAAAUGGAUUACAAUCCAUCGGUUCGCCCAAGACGUCCUGUUCGUAACAACAACAAUUACCAUGGUAAUAGUACUUACAACGAGUACGAAAACGAUGAAUUUGAAGAAGAAAACGAAGGUUUGAAUCAGAGAUACGGUUAUCAAGAGGACGAUGAAGAAGAAGAAGAAGACGAUGAUGAAUAUCAACAUGGAUAUUAUAGGGUUUCCGGAGGUGGAAUUGAUGCAGGUGAAUCUUCUAGGCGUCACCAGAAGAAGCGACGUUUAGAUAAUUUGGUUUCAAAUUAUGAAUUCGCCCCUCGUACCAAUGCUAAUCCUUCUAAAGAAGCUUAUGGUGGUGUUCCUGAUAGGUCAGGGGAUGAAUGGAGUGAAAAUGCAACUUUUGUGCUGUUAGAAGUGUGGGGCGAUAGGUAUUUGCAGUUAGGGAGGAAGAGUUUAAGGGGAGAUGAUUGGGUUGAGGUUGCUGAAAAGGUUUCAGAGAUGUGUAAAAUGGAAAUCAAUGAAACACAAUGUAGGAACAGGUUGGAGACAUUGAAGAAGAAGUAUAAGAAAGAGAAAGCAAAAAUGGAGGAUAUGGGUAUGGGUGGAAGAGGAUCAGAAGGGUAUCAUGGGAAAUGGGGAUUCUUUAAAAGAAUGGAUAUGUUAUUAUCUCCAAAGAAACAACACAAUGGUUUGCCUUGUGGGGUUGAUUCAGGGGAAUAUGUGUUUAUGAAUACCAAAGUUUAUUUAAAUCAAUCAAAUGCCUUGGAUGAGAUGAGGGAUAGCCCUGGGGAAUCAGAGUCUGAUGAAGAUGAUUCUGAUGACAGGAAAGAUGAUGAUGGAUUUAGAUUGUUGGCUGAAUCUGUUCAGAAUUUUGGGGAGAUUUAUGAGAAGAUCGAAGGUAGAAAAAGACAGCAGAUGAUGGAUUUGGAGAAGAUGAGGAUGGAUUUUCAGAGAGAGUUGGAAUUGCAGAAGAAGCAGAUUCUUGAAAGGGCACAAGAGGAAAUUGCAAAAAUAAGGGAAGGGGAUGAUGAAGAUGUUAAUUCGGUUGAAAAUUUAAGUGGAUAACCAGUGGCAAAUGGAUAGAUGAAAACCGAAGGUGUUACAUAUGGAGUCUUGAUCGUUUCUUCCUUCUUUCUUCCUUAUCUAGGAAUAAGAGAGGGAGGUUAGCAUGUUUUAUUGAUUGUAUUUUGACUUGAAGCUAUUAUGUGUCUCAAGUAAUAAUAUAAUGUUAUCCACAUUUUUAAUAAGCCUAAAUCUAUUUCUUUCCUCUUUAUGUAAA